CUGGAAAACCCGCCAAAACAUGCUGACAAUAACGACCGCCUCCGUAUCUCCUCCUCUUCCACCACCAACAUCAACUCCUCAAACGCCUAACCUCCACGUUUCCUGCCAGCCAAUCAACCGCCGCAACUUGCUUCUGACUUCCCUCACCCUCUCCUUAGCUCCUUCGGUCUCAGUUCCAGUUGCCAGUGCCCGUGGCCUUCUUCAGAUGCCCCCACCUCGCCUCAGCAACAGGUACUUUCUGGUAAGGGCUGGCGAGUCUGAGUUUGAGAGCUUCGGAAUAAUCAACACCAAUCCAGUUGCAAAAACAUCUGUUGAUAGUGGAUUAUCAGAGAAGGGGAAGAAGCAGACAGUGAGGGCUGCUUUGGAGUUGAGGGCAAUGGGGGCCUGUGAAAAUAACUGCUGGAUUUGGCCUUCAAUUACUCAGAGAGCUUACCAGGCUGCUGAGAUCAUUGCUGCUGUUAAUGGAGUCAAUCGUAGUUAUAUAGUUCCAGAGUACAGCUUCCUUGAUGCCCGUGGGCUGGGAGCAUAUGAAGGCAAGAAACUGGAAGCUGUUUCAGAAGUGUAUGAAUCGGAUAGCAUUUCUUCUACGAUCAAGCCACCUCCUAUAGAUGAUGGAACCCCGAAUGAGAGUGUGGCCGAUGUGUUUGUUCGUGUGACACAACUCAUGUCUAUCCUUGAGACCCAGUACUCUGAAGACACUGUAAUUAUAGUCUCUCCAGAUUCUGACAAUUUGACGAUAUUGCAAGCUGGUUUAGUUGGACUUGACCUUCGAAGGCACAGAGAUCUUUCCUUUGCCCCUGGAGAAGUAAGAUAUGUUGACCCAAGUAGCAUUCCUACCUACAAGCAACCUGCAUCCGCUGUGUAUAAAUGUUUAAACCCCCCCAACUGUAACUGAUAUAGCAUUAUUUCAUUACAAAGUCUAAGGUACACAAAAGAAAAGUAUCUGCUGCUGAUUACUUGCCCUUUCUGCAUUCAUUACAGUUUAUCUUCUUCAUCAUCAUAAUCCACCGGCCUGUUUUUGUCAGGAUCUGCUUUUUUUUGUAGAUUUCGUUAUCAAUAUCUUUCAGGGCAUCAUAAACAAAUGCACUUGUUAUUGCCCUCCACCUUCCGGAAUCUUUGUUUUCAAAGAAAGAACCUGGUCUAACAAAACCAGAUAACUGCAGUUCAGGCAGCUGCAAUUAGCCUCCUUCCAGGCAACAGAUCGUGUUCAUUCUUGCUCAGCUGAUGGUUCUUGUUUUGCCACUGUUUAGUUUUUCUGUGGUUUCAUGCAGGAGUACUGAUUCAAAUUGAUUUCUGGGGAACCUUUCCCUGACUAGAUAAUCCACCUUAUUCCCCCAUUGUUGGUUCAAUCAUCAACAUUUGUGUGCCUGUGGAACCUUUGCAAAAUCACAAAAGAUGUGAUUGGUUCUUACCUUUUUAUGUCAACCUGGCUUCUUGGA